AUGGCAGAUCUAAAUAAGUUUAAUAACAUUGAGUUUUUAAAAGAUGGUAAUGAAGUUCAAAAACGAUCGUACCAAAUCAUAAAAGAUAAUAGAAUCAUGGAAAUUUUACAAGACUUUCAACCACUUUUAACAGGUACAAUCCCAAUAGAGAUCAACACAGAGUCAUCAGAUUUAGAUAUAAUAUGCUAUUGGGAGAAUAAUGAAAGAAAACAAGAACUAAAAUCAAUCAUGCUAAAAGAGUUUUCAAAAUUUACCGAUUUCAACAUUAGGGAAUACAUCAGAGAGGGUAAAGAAGUACUAUUUUCCGAUUUCAAAAUAGAUGGAAUGGAGUUUGAAAUAUUCACUCAAAAUAUUCCAACCAAGCAACAAAAUGCAUAUAGACACAUGGUUGUAGAGUACCAAAUUCUGUUAGAAAAAGAUCAAGAUUUCAAAAAUGAAAUUAUCAAUUUAAAAAAAUCAGGUUUAAGAACAGAACCUGCUUUUGGAAAAUUAUUAAAUAUAAGUGGUAAUCCUUAUGACGAAUUAUUAGUUUUCAAACAUUCAUAUAAUUAA